UUUCUUUUAUUGUUGUAUUUUUCCAUUAUCGAUUGCUUUGGUCUGCAUUAGUGUCCAAAUCUGAAUGUUUUAAACUCAUUUUUGAAUCAUUUUUAACAUCCUAUGUUUUGGCAAUCACCUGUAAAUCUGAGUGUUCGAAAUUUAAUUAAUAUGAAUUAUUCUCUUUGUUUUAUUUUCAUUAUGACGGUUCUCACAUGUUUUCAUGUCACGUCGGCUCCUCCUCCCCGAGGUUCCUCUUUUAACCAGAGACAUAUGUUCAGAUUCUGUCAACGUUUAAUCGUGUACACCUGAAGAACCUGUUGAGAGUCAAUCCUGUGAUUAACACGGGUAUUUCUAUACAUUUUCUAAUUGGCAUGUGUACUGAGGGAAAUCACAUUAUAAUAUAAUGACACCUCAUUGUGCUGGAAAGCCUUUGUGUACCUCACUCUGACAACAGCUGAUUUACAGAAUGGAAAAAGCCUUGGGGACCCUCCUGGGUAAAUGGCUCAUGGGAGAUGUCAGGGUUUAUUCCCUUUGUAUUCUGCUCCCGGUGAGAUGAGCCUAUGGGAGUGAGGCGACCGGACAGGACUCCUGGGAGGUCAGGUGGAAAAGUGGCAGGGGAGUUGGGCUCACGUCUCCUGGGGUGGGUGUGGAAGCUGGGGGCAGAUUCACCCCCAGAGAGAGAGAGGUGGAGGUAUAGAUUCAGAGCUGAGUGGGAUUUCACACUGCGGUGCUCAGGAUGUCAUGGAGAGAAUUUCAGCAUCUACCUUUAGUCAGAUUAAAGAAGAAACCAAAGUUAGCAACUAGUUAUUUAAUAGAUUUCAGAGUUUAUAUGGAUUGAUAUCGCGCUCUUUUCUGCUGGGAAUAAGUUAGUAAGAACUGGCUAAACAGGAAUAAGUGGCAUAAGCUCUAAAUGCAUCAAUAGGUGACAUGUGGAGAGAGAACACAGUGAAAUAAAAGAGCUCUAUCUGCUGGCCGAAGGAAGAACAACAUCCCGAUAGUAAAAAAACUGUGCAGGCUGGAUGCAUGAACUUCACAACAGUGUGUAAUUUAGUGGAAUUGAUUUAGAGGAAAGGAUGAAGAGAUACUGAGGGAAUGAGAGAUAUGCACCAAACUGAAUAAGAAGGGAUGCUUCUCUAUAUUUAAAUAGUCGUGAAUUCAAAUACAUGCUAUGAUGCAUCCCAAACAUCCUCAUGUGGCACAGAGUCACAGCAGAAGCCAUCACAUCCCACAGUACUGUCCGCUCACAUCUAAAACCUGCAGACACACAUCAGACAUCUUUACCAAAACCACAUCUUGGUAUUUUCUGUGUGUGGAGGAAUUUUAAUGAGCAGCGCAGUCGCUGAUGAAGUGAAACUGACAUCGAUGCAGUGGUCAGCCAAGUGUAAAUGAGAAAAAACAAGCUGCUAGAGUUUCCUCUGUUAUUCUACUCUCUGUUAUCCGGAGGCCUGUUUGAUCAUGGCUGGAAUAUCAGUGUUUGCUGAAAUAAAGGACUUCAAUAGCAAAGAAGUUGAGCUUUACAGACUUUUAGAAAACGUGUGUUGUUGGUGAAAAGCCGCCCUCCUGCGGCCUGUGCAGCUGCCUCUUUCAAAACCCUGACCCUCUUUCCCCCCCUGUACCCGAGAAGGCCUCCCCCAAGCUGCACAGGAAUGCAGGCGCACAUGCACUGAAAAGAAGAACAGUUCAAAUAAGGACGUGUCGAGCUUCUAAACGGCUGCUUUUAGCUGCUGGAGCUCGUUCUUUGGCCUCCUCGAGUUGGGUGGGUGGGUGCUGAGAGCCAAUGAGGGGAGCAAAAUACAUGCAGGAGAAAAUGAGAGGGACAGUCGGGGAGAGGGUGCAUGUUGUGGCAGGUGGUACCUCAUCCUUCUGCAGCCUCACACUACUUCAGACUUGUGUCCAGAGGGUUGGCAGGACAUAGAGGAGCGGUGGCUGCUGCUUUGGGGAGAGCAACAGAGGGAAAAGGUGGAAAGAGAGAGAGGGAAGCAGAGGUAAGACCUGAAUCUGGACAGAACUCAAAUUGAAGUUCAAACAGGCAGAGGAGCAGAGGAGACUCGUUCAAAUUGUCAGUUUGCAGCCACGCAGAGAUGGAGACGACGCAGAAGAAGACAGAGGGAGACGGGAAGAAGGAGGUGACAGAUGAGGAGGUGGUGCACCUCCGCAGACAGAUAGGCCUCCUGCCCGCUGUGUCCUUAAUCAUCGGGUCGGUGGUGGGCAGCGGCAUCUUCAUCGCACCCAAGGGCGUCCUGAUGAACAGUGGGAGCGUGGGACUCUCUCUGCUGGUGUGGGCGCUGUGCGGGAUCCUCUCACUGUUUGGUGCUUUGUGCUUCGCUGAACUGGGCACCAGUUUCACAAAGUCAGGGGGUCAAUACAUCUACCUGCUGGAGACUCUGGGGCCGCUGCCUGCCUUCCUGCGCCUCUGGAUAGAGUUCUUAUUCGUCAGACCGGCCGUGGCUGCCUACGUGUCGCUGGCGUUCGGCCGCUACGUGGUGGAGCCCUUCUUUGAGCCGUGCGAGCCUCCCAUGGGGCUCAUCAGACUUUUCAGCGUCCUCGGAGUGACUUUCGUCACGGUGGUCAACUGCUGGAGUGUGACCCUCGCCUAUCGCACCCAGAUCACCUUGACCUUCGUUAAAAUGUUUGCUCUGGUGCUCAUCAUCGUCCCUGGUUUCAUCGCAUUAGGCAAAGGACACACAGAGAACUUCCAGAACGGGUUUGAGGUCGACUCAUUAACAUUGGACAGGCUGCCGUUGGCCUUCUAUAACGGCCUAUAUGCCUAUGGUGGAUGGUUUUAUCUGAACUGUGUCACAGAAGAGGUCAUUAACCCAAACAGAAACAUCCCGCUGGCCAUAACCAGCUCCAUGGUGACAGUGACGAUCCUGUACGUGCUCACCAACGUGGCCUACUACACCAUGAUGACGCCCGCUGAGCUCCUGCUGUCUGACGCUGUGGCCAUGACGUUUGCCAACCGCGCCAUCCAGGCGAUUGCUCCUGUGAUCCCAGUCCUCGUGGCCCUGUCGUGCCUCGGAGCUCUCAACGGGGGCUUGUUUGGAUCACCAAGGAUGCUGUUUGUGGGAGGCAGGGAGGGCCACUGGCCGCUGAUCUUUUCCAUGAUUCACAUCCGCAGGAAGACGCCUUUGCCUGCUGUGAUGUUUCAGUACCCCUUGGCGAUGUUGAUGAUAUUCAACGGAGAGAUCUACCAGCUCAUCAACUUCGUCUCCUUCUCUCGCUGGUUCUUCAUCGCCCUGACAACCCUGGGGAUGCUCAUCCAUCGCCACCGCUACCCUCUCCUCCCGAGACCCUUCAAGGUGCCCGUGGUCAUCGCAGUCACCUUCACGGUGGCUUGUUUCUUCAUCGUGGGCAUGUCUCUGUUUUCUGACCCCUUCAACACCGGCUGGAGCUGCUUUCUCACACUGACCGGAAUCCCAGUUUACUACGUGACCAUCCACCGCUUCCGUCUGCCCAAGAGGUUUAGAAGCAUCUUCAAUUUCUGCAGCAAGCAGAUGCAGAUCCUUCUGGAAGUGGCUCAACAGGAAAUCCAGACAUACUGAGGAUGAGGACAUCACGCCCCCUACUGGCAGACUUCCUGAAAACCACCUUAACAAAUGCCUGGAACAUUUCUUGUUUACCCGGCACAGCCACACAAGAUGGGCAGUGUUUUCAUACCCGUGUUCACGUGUGUGUGAGUGUAUCUGCAGAUGAUUAACUUUCCUUUCGGAGCUGAUCGUCAUAGGUGAAGAUAUGUCUACAAAGAAUAGGGCUAGAGAAUAGUCUGUAUUUAAAGAUGGACGACCAGCUCCACUUCCUCCCACCGUCCAGAAAUGAAGCCAAAAUAUCGCUGCCAUGUGAUGAGAACUAACUAAAAUGAAAGAAACCAUCUUUUAGAAAAAUGUAUUUGAUGUUCACCUAUUCCUCAUCAUUAGUAAUAUAAGCUGAAAUGAAGGAGUUUUACUACUUUAGAGAGAUUAGACGUGACCUACAGUGUAUUAAGACUAACAUUUGUGAUCUUCUGUGGAAAAUAUUGAUAAUAUAUCACAAUGAAAUGGCAUUUCUAUAUUUGAAAAGGUAGCAUUGCCUGGCUGUGAUUGGUAUCACCCCUCCGCUGCUUUAAAUUUUUAAGACUUUCUUGUAAAUUAGCUUUUUAAAUAUGUAUAAUGUAAGUACAAGCAAGUCCAGUGGCCACCGUCCACUUGUCCAACUCCUGAAGACACGAUGAUCUGGAUGAUUGAAAACCUCCACAGGUAUAAACACCAACAGUUUUAUUGUACAGUCAUAUACAAACACCAAGAAGGCACAUGAAGCUGUUUGCUAGAGGCCACAACAUUCUGAUCCUGCAACUGCAAACACACCAGGUUACUGCGAUUUAAGUCUUAUGAAGUAAACACAACACACUCGCUAGUCAGUGAUUACUUUGUGAAAUCUUAAAACAAAACAAAAAGUACAUUUCUCAUUCUAUCCACCAAAGCUGAAAAAACUGUUCUGACAUGUUCCCUGUUUUCCUGUCUGUGCUACAUGAUAAUGUAAAAAAAGGCAGUAUGUGUUCUCACUGAAACAGAAGCUGUGCUGUACAGACACAACACAUCAAGCAUUUCGUUUCCAAAAGAUGUGAAAUGUUUAAAAAUCCCUCUUGCUGAUACAAAGUGCCCUGAAGAUAGAUACUAACAAACUGAGGAACAAUUACUGUGACGUCUCACGUUUUAAAUGUUUUUUUUUACAAUUAACAUAUGGAGACAAUCCUAUUGCUGUUUGUUUUUUUUAUUACCAACUCUUCUACAUCACAAUCUAAACGUCUAAAAGCUGAGUCCAGGAGGCCGACGCCUCGCUGGCCGAUCAAGCAGUAAUAUAAAUGUCUUCACAUUUACAUAUGUAAAAAGCUACAAAUAUAUAUAUUAAAAUGUGCAAAUCAACAUA